CAUCAUUCAAAAACCUCCAUUACUCCUUCUUUUUCAUAGCCAUGGCCAAAACCAAAACUAAAGGCUUACGAUAUCCAAAACCCAAAGCCUCUCUUUAUCUGUGUUGCUUUGGAUCAGUUCAGAACAAAACGCCAAAAGAUCACUCCACCAUCAUCACUCAACAUAACCCACCAAAAAACAUUGCCUGCACCUGCUUUCAAUGCCAAGUUGCAGUGAAGAAAUCAAUGGCCAAAACGAUGCCGCUUCAUGAAGGGUUAGAGUUCGCUGACAUGAAGAGUUAUACUACCAAAAUGCAUUCAUCAAGCUGGAAGUGGAGGUCAAAGUCAAAGUCAAUGUCAAUGUCAAAGUCAAAGUCUCUCAGUAACACUCAAAUCAAUUCCACCCUAAACCAACCACUCUCACAAUCACACUCAAUGCCCAAUCAACGAAACAAAUCAGAGUACGACACGCGUCAACAUGCGGUUUCUCUCGCGAGUUCAAAACGGCAGCAUGUGGUGCAUGAAACGGCGGGGAAAGACUGGAAGCAGAAGCGGAAGCAGAAGCAGAAGCAGAAGCAUCAACAGGAUCACGUGAUUGGCGCGUGUAUGGUUAUACUAAGUUUGGUGUCGAUGAUAGUGUUGGGUCGUUUAGGUUCGAUCGUUUGUACCACCUCUUUCGUCUAUCUCAUCCCUGCCUUCGUCAAAACGACACGACAAUUCCGUCGUUGAUGCUUCAAACGACAACAAAGUCAUCCAAAGAUGUCGCGGCUUCGCAGUAGAUACUGAUAAUAACUCUCGAGAAAAUUGUGUACAAUAUGCGUGUAUUUCUAUUUUGUAUUUUGUAUAAUAAAAACUCCUCAAAUCAAUCACAUUA